UGGUGGGACUUCAGUGGCACCUCAGGCUUUAGGAAUAGUCAUGUUUGAUUAGCAGCCUGUGCCUCCUUGAAGCCCUAAGCACUGCCUAGCCUAACCAGGGCUCCCACCCCACAAGCGCAGUGCCCACCUAGGGCCAUAAGUCAUUCUCACUCCCAAGUCCCUCCUCUCUUGUGUUGAGCCCAUCAGCCCUCAGGAUCCCACUUCUAUAAGCGCUCCACAUGAUUGUCAUUGUUUUUGUGGAUAAAUCUGCUAGGACCAAGGCAAUUGUUCGAGUCUUGGCUCAAACCCCUCCCUGGUUAUGUGACUUCUACCCUUUCUGAGGUCUCUCACCUAUUAGUGUGGAUGUGCAGGCCUGCUCUCCUGAGCUAUUGAGAAGCAGAGAAAAGACCAUGUGCAAAAAUGUAUGUAAUUUGAGAGGAGCCAGAGUCUUGAUGCUUGUGGGCCAGGGGCCCGCUGGAUGGCAUGGAGGGGCUGCAGGCCGCCGCGGGCAGGGAUGUCUUUCUACACAACUUCCUCAGGAGGCUGGGGGAGCAGCUUGUCCACUUCCAUGUCAUGCAGCUGAUGGACUUGCUCUUCCUGUGGGUGGGGGCCAUGCCACACCUGCACAAAAUCGCAGUGGCCAUGUGCAACUGCUACGAUUCCAUCCCGGUGUCUACUUCCCUCCUCGGAGACACUUCUGACACAAUCUCCGCUGGCCUUGCCUGGCGCUUAGCCAGGAAGACGGACAAACAGGUAUUUGUCAGCUAUAACCUUCAAAACACAGACAGUAACUUCCCAUUACUGGUAGAAAACAGGAUCAAGGAAGAAAUGGAGGCUUUUCUGGAAAAGUUCUAGCAGAA